UCGCGGCCGCUCAGUUUCUUCAGCCUCGGCUCCUCAUCCUCUCUCCCCGCGCGUCGGGCCGCCGUGUGCAUCUGCGGGCAGCGCCAUUCCCGCUGCUGUGAGCGAUAUGGAACCUCCACACAUGGACUUUUUAAGAAGCUGGGAAUUCCUGGGCCAAAACCUCUGCCUUUUGUGGGAAAUAUUCUGGACUACCGUGAGGGCUUUUGGAAUGUUGACAAGAAAUGUUUUAAGAAAUAUGGAAGAUUCUGGGGGUUUUAUGAUGGACGACAGCCUGUGUUGGCUAUCACGGAUCUGGACAUGAUCAAAAUGAUACUAGUGAAAGAAUGUUAUUCUGUCUUCACAAACCGGCGGUUUCUUGGUCCAGUGGGAUUUAUGAAAAAUUCCGUCUCUAUGUCUGAUGAUGAAGAAUGGAAGAGAAUACGAACAUUGCUGUCUCCAACCUUCACCAGUGGAAAGAUCAAAGAGAUGUUCCCCAUCAUUGGCCAGUAUGGAGAUAUGUUGGUGAGGAACCUGAGGAAGGAGGCAGAGAAAGGCAAACCUGUCAACUUGAAAGACAUCUUUGGGGCCUACAGCAUGGAUGUGAUUACCAGCACAUCGUUUGGAGUGAACAUUGAUUCCCUCAACAACCCACAGGAUCCCUUCGUGGAAAAUGCCAAGAAGCUCUUCAGAUUUGAGUUCUUUGACCCACUUUUGUUCUUAAUAUUAUUCUUUCCAUUCCUGACCCCGGUUUUUGAAAUAUUCAAUAUCUCUGUGUUUCCGAAGAGUGUUACCGAUUUUUUUACAAAAUCUGUAAAAAAGAUCAAAGAAAGUCGUCACCGAGUGGAUUUUCUCCAACUGAUGAUUGACUCCCAGAAUUCUAAAGAAACAGACACCCAUAAAGCUCUGUCUGAUCUGGAGCUCGUGGCCCAGUCUAUGACCUUUCUUUUUGCUGGCUACAAGACCACUAGCACUGCUCUUUCUUUCUUGGCAUAUGAACUGGCCACUCACCCUGAUGUCCAGCAGAAACUACAGGAGGAGAUUGAUUCGACUUUCCCCAAGAAGGCACCACCUACUUAUGAUGGCCUUGUACAGAUGGAGUAUCUGGACAUGGUGUUGAAUGAAACUCUCAGAUUACAUCCAAUCAGUGGUAGACUUGAGAGGGUCUGUAAGAAAGAUGUGGAGAUCAGUGGUGUGUUCAUUCCCAAAGGGACAGUGGUGAUGGUGCCAGUCUUUACUCUUCACCGAGACCAGGCUCUCUGGCCAGCGCCUGAGGAGUUCCAUCCUGAAAGGUUCAGCAAGAAGAACAAGGACAGCAUAAAUCCUUAUACUUACCUGCCUUUUGGAACUGGACCCCGAAACUGCAUUGGGAUGAGGUUUGCGACCACGAGCAUGAAACUUGCCCUUGUCAAAGUCCUGCAGAACUUCUCCUUCAAACCUUGUAAAGAAACACAGAUUCGCCUGGAAAGGAGCACUCAAGGGGCUGUUAAACUGGAAAAACCCAUUGUUCUCAAGGUAGAGCCAAGGAUUGGCGUGUCAACAAAGCCUGACUUUCCCUAAGGACUUCCCCCUUUGUUCUUCAAGAUCCCGGACCACCAGAGACUUCAGUUUACUUUGUGAGUAAAACCCAGAAAUGAAGAUGGCCUUCAUGUACUGCCUGUGACAGAUGACUAGGGAUUCUGUACAUUCAUUUAGCUUUCUCCAGUGUCUGUGUGGAGCAUUUAUUGUGAAGAGUAAAAGAAGUCACUAAAAAGUGCCAGAGAUGUAGACUCGGCCUGUCUGGUUCACACAGACUACCCCCAGUUAGUACCAUCUGUUCUCCUGACCGUUGAUCAAGAAUAAAACUUCCUCAACAAUUUUAUCAACAAACUUUAAUGGAGACAAGAAUUACUGGGGUGACUGUGGUAAUGACAUUUAUAUCACAUGUCUUAUUUUGAAUAUUCUACAUUAAAUAUUAACACUGAUCCAGUCAGUCAACAACUCUU